UUUUGAGUAUUCAAAUUUAAUUUCUUUCCCCCAAGUCAGCUUUAUGAGUUGUGUAAUUGGAUAUCCUGAUCUUACUUACUCGGGUCGGGUGGCAUAGGUAUCCAAUUAUAAGAUACGAAUCGCAAAAUGCUAUCUCUGACUUUCACUCAGGGCUGAGCUGCACCGUCACAGACCCAAACCAAUCCGGCUUAAGCUUUACUCUCUCAUUUCUUUAGUUUCCGUUCUCAACAGCUUUUAAAAGAAGAUGCAGGCAAGCGAUAGGUUUAACAUCAAUUCCCAGCUCGAACAUCUCCAAGCUAAAUACGUUGGAACCGGCCAUGCUGAUUUGAAUAGAUUUGAAUGGGCGGUGAAUAUUCAACGCGAUAGCUACGCAUCGUAUGUAGGGCAUUAUCCAAUGUUGGCUUACUUUGCUGUGGCUGAAAAUGAAUCCAUUGGCAGAGAACGCUACAACUUCAUGCAGACGGGAUUCUUCGAUGCAUUCUGGAGUUACUAAUGGCUGUUCUGAGUGGUAUCCUCAAAAUUUGCAUUUAUCAAGUGUGCCGAGUAAUUAGCCCCUUUUGGGUAUUGGUCCUGAGCUCCUGCCAUUCCCUAUUAGUUGUAGGGAUGGUUCUAAUUUAUAUAGUUUUUACUAAAUGAUGAACUAAAAUUCAACAUCUCGGUUUGAUAAAGGAGUUUCGUUCUAUUUGUUAUGUUUAGUGACAUUACAUACAGUAUGAGAGCAAAGUCUUCUCUCUCUUUUAAUGUGCGUUUGUGCAUGUGCAGAACCGCAAGUUCUCCAUUAGUACUUCUUCUAAGAUACGGACUU